GAUUCUGAAGACGCUCUGUCGUAAAAUCACGCUGCCGGAGGACUUCGACUACAGACAGUUGGCGCGUCUCACGCCGGGUUAUGUGGGCGCAGAUUUGAUGGCGCUGUGUCGGGAGGCAGCCAUGAGCGCCGUCAACAGAAUCCUGCUGCAGCCGAGCAGUGAAGACGUCACACCACCGAAAGCAGAUCUGGAGCAGCUGCUGUCGUUGUUGAAGAGGAACGAGGCUCUGAGCGAGGAGCAGCUCUCUGGACUCUGUGUGCUCAUGUCAGACUUCAGGACCUCGUUAGCCAGAGUCCAGCCGUCUGCGAAGCGCGAGGGGUUCGCCACUGUCCCGGACGUCACCUGGGAAGACGUGGGCGCGCUGCAGGACAUUCGUGAGGAGCUCAACAUGGCCAUCAUGGCUCCCAUCAAUAACCCCGAGCAUUUCCGAGCUCUGGGUCUGAACACGCCUGCUGGAGUGCUGCUCGCUGGACCGCCCGGAUGCGGAAAGACCCUGUUAGCCAAAGUGUGUGAGCUUUUGUUUAGAGCUGUGUUCCCACGUUAUGCAUGUACACCAUGUCCUAACCAGAUGAAGUGUUUCUCUGCCAUGUAA